AUGUAUCACGUCGGGACACGCGAUGGUAGAAAUCGGAUUCCGCCGAUCACCUCCACGCUGAUUCUGAGGAGCGCGACAGAUCUUGCGCGCAUGAUCGUCUACGGAGAGACCAGGAGCGAGACUGUCUUGAACGCCUUCAUCGAACGGAUUCGUGAGGUGGAUAAACUGAUCAAAGCCGUGGCGGAUGAAGGAUUCUCGGCUGCAUUGGAAAGGGCGCGGACGUUGGAUAGAGAACUGGAAUCAUACAAUGGGGACAGGGAGGCGCUUCUCGAGGCGAAACCAUUCUACGGAGUUCCGUUUUCGGUGAAAGAAUCGGUCGCUGUCGAUGGUUUAUGCAGCUGCAUAGGACUCGUCGAUCGUAAAGGGGAAACCUAUCAUGGCAGCGCCGAUGUCGUGGAAGCGAUGGAAGCGAGCGGUGCCAUCGUUCUCUGCUCUUCCACAAUACCGGAAGCCUCGAUGUGGGUCGAGACCUCGAGCAUACCACAUGGCCGCACCAACAAUCCAUACGAUCUCCACAGAACAUGCGGUGGAAGCAGCGGGGGAGAAGGGGCUCUUCUCGGUUCCGCGUGUUCUGUCAUCGGUAUAGGGACAGAUCUCUCGGGAUCCAUACGGACGCCAGCGGCUUGGUGCGGGAUAUUCGGUCACAAACCUACCCAGGGCUGCGUGAGUCUACAAGGAACCCAUCCCGUCCUGCCCGGACCUAUCAAGGAUUUUCCGUCUCCUGGUCCCAUGACACGCUCCGCUGACGACCUUCUACCGAUGUUGAAAGUUUUGAGCCGGAACGAUGCUCGUCUCGGACUUGACAAAAAAGUUGAUGUCUGCGAUUUGAAUGUGUUCUAUGUAAGCUCGCUCUCGAGCGACUUUCGCAAAAGUUCCGCGGUGCAAAUUGCUCUAAACGAGUUGUUGAACACAGGCUGCAAGCCCAGAGCGUUCGAAUGUGGAGCAUUUAAAAACUCGUUCGAUUGGUGCUUCGCCCGCUUCGUGGACAUCGGAACGGUUCCGCUUGAUGAGGCCUUCCAGACCGGCGGCGUCAACGUAUUCCUCCAACUGGCCGGGAAAAUUCUCGGGCUGUCGAAGUUCACGGUUUACGCCCCGCUCGUCUCGGCAUUGGAGAAACACUAUAGAUCCCAUAGCCGCGCCAAACAUAAGGAAGAUUUACGCGAGCUUGACGCAUUCGGGAAACAGGUCGAGGGGUUGCUAGGCCGAGAUGGAGUUCUCGUACUGCCAGCCCAAUGGACUUCUGCUCCCUUCCAUCAUGGGACGUAUCUGUCACCGAAGCGGUAUUUCUCCUAUCCUGCAAUCUGGAACAUUCUCAAUUUGCCGGCGACCGUAUGUCCGGUCGGCUUGACGCAGGAUGGUUUACCUGAGGCCGUGAUGCUAGUGGCGGGACGUUUCCAAGACAGAUUGUGUCUUGCGGUCGCGCGUUAUCUCGAGAGCUCGCUCGGUGGGUGGCGUCCCCCGUGCGAUAUACUUCCGGGUUCUCAGUCGGAAUGA